AUGCCUGAGAAUAUGGCUGAAUCCAAAUCUGGAAUGCCGGUUUUUUUCUGUGAAAGUAACCUGCAGCCGACCCGCCAUAUAAAUAAUAUUUAUAUUAUUUAUUAUUUGAAUAAACAUGUUGGCGAUGAGACGGCAAGGCCAGUACAUCUGCCAGUAUUUGAUGGAACUAUGCAUGUGGAGCAUCCUACAACACAGAAUAUUGUAAAAUUCACUUACUUUGAUCCUUUUGACGUUUUUGGAACGGUUAGAAAGGAGUUGGAAGACAGGCUUCCAUUCAAGAACCUACAUUGGAAACCCGCACAUGAAAGUUUACGUACGAUCCACAGUCUUCCCGUCAAAAUCGUUGGCGAGACGGAUGACUAUUCAGAUCCCAACACUAGCCGCAGGCCAGUGAUAAUGUUUUUGGUAUUGAGCUGUGCGUCCAUAGACGAGUACAGGGCAAAAGUACGACCAUUGGUUAGGCAAUGGCUACCUUCGCCUACCGAUGGGUUUAAUCAACAUGACGAAAAAACCAUGCCUAUAAAGAGAAUUGCACUAUUACAUUCAAAUUCUGAUAUUUCUGAAACAAACCUGUUCAAAACGGUGUCUUUCUUCGACAAGUUCUGCAAAGAUUUUCCGUCUCUCACUGCUAUUGAGAUUAAGUCGAUUUAUAAAUCAGAGAAGCAGAAAGCAGAGUUUUGGAGUUCAACCAUGACUCAACUGCGAAAGUACACUAUGGAUAUUUUUGGGCGGCGCUUGAAAUUUUUAGAAAAGGAACUGGUCAAGAUCACCGACGAAAAUACAAUUCUAAGAGCUACUUUGCAGGAGAAAAGUUUGGACUUGUUUUGUUCAUUCCACCUCAACGAGGAAGCCUCGAGAGAACUUGAAAAUUUGCGAACGACCUUAUUCUCGAAGUUAGCCCCGACUAUAUCGACUGGCGAACUUGAAAUUCCAUUCCCAUUUACAUCAAAUGAAAUCAAGGCUACUGAUAAGCCAAUUGCGCAACAGAUUGCGACAGAAAACCUUACCAGUUAUGAUUUGAAUAAGUUUUUUUUUCUAAGACACUGUGAUCUAAUAAGAAACAGUUACGAACAAGCAGCGAGGAACGUUCGAGUUUACCAGCUAACCAAGUCAUUUUUGAGAACAAUACGCCAGGUUUUCAGUCAGUCUCCAAGACUUGCAGAAUUCAAGUUUUUCUUCAUCAACUCCGUUCUUGCUUUUGCCUUGUAUCGAGAGGAUACUGCAACAUUCCACGAAAUUAAGGCUGAUCUUAAGAUAAUACAAAGAGAUUGCUGGAUGGACCUGGCGUUUGCUUCACAUGGGUUUAAAAUUAUAGGGCGACAAUAUCAAAUGAUGGCGCAGGCCCCACAGGCCGAGGAAGUACGUGCUACCUUCAAGGACGAGGAGACCUUCCAUCAAAAUUUUUUCACAUUAACUAAAGAGAUUAUUACACUGCUGGGUGCAAGAAGCUCUAAAAAAUACCGGACGGUCGAUUUGUAUUCAGUAGAGAUCGGAUUGCUCCAUUACCAGAGAAAGGAAUACGAAAAAGCCAUCUCUAUGCUCCAGUCUUGUCAUGAAUACUAUAAAGCAACAAAUUGGGAUGCUAUUGCAUUGUACUUGUUGGAAUGUUUUGUUGAUUGUCUAGCGAAAUGUCCUGAAAUCGAGUCAGUAACAAUGUGUGAAGAGGCUAUUCCCUCUCCCACAGUUUUAAGCAACUCGAUCCUUGAUUUGUUGACAUCCGCCAAGAAGGAGACUCUCAAGGUUUACUGGUGGGAUCGGUUUCUAGAUGUUAGUGGAAGAGACAAAGGAAGUUUGAUCUAUCCGCUGGGAAAUACUUUCGAUAUCGAGGUAGGGAAGAAACUUUUUGUCACAAGAGCCAACAUGUUUAGCCUGGGCCUAAAGGUGCACAGCGGCAAGAUACCUAGAGAGUUUUGUGUCGAAUCUGUUGUGUUGCUACUCAAAAACAACCAAGACGAAUUUGUGACGUUCGAGAAAAAUAACGUUACUUUACAACCAGGGGAGAACAGUAUCGCUCUAGAUUGCGUGCGCGUAUUGUUUGGCUCUUUUGCUUUAGUGAGUUUAGAAUUCACCAUUGGAAACACAAUUUUUUGCCAAGAGUUCCUAGACGAUGAUGAAAAGGAUAUUGAAUUGGAACGUCCUAUCGACUCCCGCAAUUUUGAGGUGACCAUAAACCCUGCUAAACAAGUCCAAGUGACCAAAAAUUCCCUUGCUCUAGGGUUUUUCAACAGCGACGAUAUCAAAACCUUCAAGCUUAUUUUGACCGCGCUACCAUUAGAAAACAACUCCAAAGAAACGGCAGCUUUUAAUAAUGAGGGUACUCAGUUUUCGAAAACGAUAGAUACAUUCAGCGUGUCUGAUAUAGAAUACUUUGUUCCUCACUCCUGCGAAAAGUUUACCUUUCAACAGGAGCUCAUUUUUACUUUUCAAGAUUGUCCCGGAAUUGAAUUUUAUCAACGGAACACCAAAACUGUCUCUUGCAUGUUACCUCUUACUGUAUUGGUCGAAGACAUUACACGUGAAGGUUCAUUCUUCUUCAAGUUUCUUGUAAGCUCCUCGUCACUGUUAGAGCCAGUGUUGCUUCACAAAUCGGAACUAACGACCCAUUGCGCGAGCACAUACGAUGUGCAGGGCAGUUUUGAACCUGAAGUUCCUGUCAUGGUCAAAAGCGGGGAGGAGAACACCUGCUACUUUUUCUUCCAAGUUAGGACAAAAUGUGAACAGCUCUUUGACACCAAAGACUCAUUCCAAUUAAAAAUUCAAUUCAGUACCUUACGAAAUCAAUUGGAUCAUCUUGCGACAAACGCAAUCCUAAUUCAGGGCAACCCACAUAUUGCUGUGAAGAUGGACUCACACCGUGAUCUAUGGAAUUCGAUGAUACUCAGAAAGCUGACUUACGACUACGAUCUGUUCGAACGGAAGCUCAACCUGCAAGUGAAGACUUCCGCGGACAGCAUAAAUGAGUUGAAGCGGGUUUUAAAGUCCAAAGUUCAAGAUGAUGAAUUUUUAGAAGCUUCAUCUCGAUGUCUGCACGCGUUAAAGAAUGGAGUUGUGUUCUCUCACUUAGAGCUUGUGGAAUAUACGCGAGAUUUGACUCCUGAUUCUUUUCUAGUGAAUGUUACUGUUCCACCGCUGCCAUAUUACUUCUCUGUGAGCUUAGAACCCAAUUCUCCAAUACAAUGUAACCCAGCAGUCGGUCAGAUAAUAGAAUACACACUGAGAGCAACGGAUGUCAGCAAGGGUUGGCAAAAAGAAGAUCGUCCUGCCACUGAAUUUGUUCUUGAGCUUUUUAAUACCAAUGAAUGGCUAGUAGACGGCAAACGCAGAUUUCAUUUACAACCAUCGUUGGAAGAAUAUUCAAUUAGCAUGAUUCCACUACGAAGAGGCUACCUCAAAUUCCCAAAGAUUGAAAUUACCACAGAUGGCAGAAAGGUCUCAGAAGUACACUAUUUGAAUAUGCACGAGGUAACGUUAGUUAUUUGA